CAGCCUCAUCAACCUUGCAAGUUUAGUAGAAACCAGCUCCAACUCCAAAUGGAGGUUAGGGCAUGGGCAUGGGCCUCCAUCAUGACCGUCGUCCUCGUCGUCCUAACCAUUCUCCGCCGUGACCGUGGCUCGCAGCCGCAGGGGAACAGGCUUCCACCAGGACCGAAGCCGUGGCCCGUGAUUGGGAACCUCAAUCUCAUCGGCGCCCUGCCGCACCGGUCAAUUCACGAGCUCUCCAAGCAAUACGGCCCGUUGAUGCAGCUUCGUUUUGGGUCCUUCCCCGUCGUGGUGGGCUCCUCGGCCGAGAUGGCCAGGUUCUUCCUCAAGACCCAGGACACUGUGUUCGCCGACCGGCCAAGGACCGCGGCCGGCAAGUACACCACCUACAACUACUCCGACGUCCUGUGGGCGCCCUACAACGCUCACUUCCGCCACGCGCGCAAGCUCUUCGUCACCGAGCUGUUCAGCACGGCGCGGCUCGAUUCCUACAAGCACAUCCGCCACGAAGAGGUGAGCGCGCUGCUGCGCGACCUGGCCGUGCACGGGACAUCUGGCCGUGUCGUGCAGCUCAGGGGCUACCUAUUCGCGGCGACCAACGGUAUCAUCUCGCGAGUGGUGCUGGGCAAGAAGUACGCGGACAAGGAUGCUAGAGGCUCGGCAGCCAUGCCUCUGGAGGAUUUGUCGGGGUUAAUUGAAGAGUUUUUCCUUCUCAACGGCGUGAUCAACGUCGGUGAUUUUAUUCCGUGGUUGAACUGGCUGGACCUGCAAGGGUACGUGGGGAGGAUGAAGAAGUACAGCAAAAAGAUGGACCUGUUUCUCGAGCAUGUCCUGGAGGAACACGAGAAGCGCCGGCAUGUUGAGGGGGAGCAGUUCGUGGCGAGGGACAUGGUGGACGUGCUGAUGCAGCUCGCCGAUAAUCCUAACCGGAUUGACCGGAACACCGUGAAGGCUCUCACUCAGGAACUUAUCGUCGGGGGUUCGGAUACAUCCAGUGUAACCAUAGAGUGGGCGAUGUCGGAGGUUGUCAGGAACCCUGAGGUGUUGGGCAAGGCAACCAAGGAGCUCGACUGUGUGGUCGGCCGUGACAGGAUGGUGAUGGAGAAGGACAUCCCAGAGCUCCCAUACAUAGAGGCCAUCGUGAAGGAGGCCAUGCGCAUGCACCCGGUGUCGCCCCUGUUGGCGCCUCACCUGGCACGUGAGGACGCGUACGUCGACGGCCACGCCAUCCGCGCCGGCACACUCGUCCUCGUCAACGUGUGGGCCAUCGGCCGUGACCCGACCCGUUGGGACGCGCCGGACGAGUUCCGACCGGAGAGGUUCAUAGGGAGCAAGGUGGACGUGAAGGGGCAGGACAUGGAGCUACUACCGUUCGGGGCGGGCCGGCGGAUGUGCCCCGGUUAUAGCCUGGGACUCAAGAUGGUGCAGUUGAUCGUCGCCAAUUUGCUGCAUGGCUUCGCGUGGGGGCUUCCCGACGGUAUGGCACCGGAGCAGCUUAGCAUGGAGGAAAUAUACGGGCUCACCACUGCGCGUAGGUUCCCGUUAGAGGCAGUGGUGAAGCCUAAGCUCCCAGUCCCUGCACACCUCUUCAGCUGCUAGCACCCAUGUAUGCAUCUUAAUUAAGGUCAGCUCUUUUGAGUUGUGGCUUUUGCAGUGCAGUGGAUCGCAUUCUAUCCUUUAUCUUGUUUUCAGAUAUACGUGAUGAGAAGUCUCUAACAUCCGAGUUCUGGAACUAUGAGUUCGUUUUGUGUCUGUAAUAUUUGGUGCUAGCUGCUGUAGCUGGAUUUCCUGCGUUCAGAUGCUUCGCUUUUUUAGUUUUCUGGUUGUUCAGAGUUGAGAUACUAUGCUGG